AUAGUUUUUUCGGCUAGGGUAUCUGCUACUCGAAACCAUCUAUCAGCUCUUUGGGAAUUCUUUAUUUUUGGUUCGAAACGCCAGUACGAAGGUUGUGGAAAUCUAUCAUGGAAUAUUUUUGGACCGGACUUUAGACGAUGGUUGCUCCUACAAAAAGUGAAAUAUAUAGACCCUCUGCCAGCCUAAUAUUAGCUGCCAGGGGGGACCCCUCCGCUGAAUAUGACUAUAAUUUACUGCUGAUUAAACGGACGGAGCGCACUUCGUAUGCAUUAAAUCACUGUGUCUUCCCAGGUGGGGUGCUUGAUUCUGAGGAUGAAUCUCCAGAUUGGCUGAACUAUUUUCGAUCAUUUGGUGUCACCGAUGAACACCUAAAGUUGCUUACCCGAGACCAACAAACUCCCAGGCCAGAGUUCCUAACUGGCGGAGAUAAUUUUUCCAAAGAUAUUGCACUGAGGCUGACAGCUCUCAGAGAAACUUUUGAGGAGGUCGGCCUCUUAAUAUGCACCAACCAAGAGAUUUUCAACAACUGGGAUUACAAAACUGGGCAUCCAAGGACUUUGCUCCUAGAGCCAAGCGAUCGUUCCUCAUGGCAACGACUAGUUCACAACAAACCCAGUGAAUUUCUAAACCUCUGCCGCCACUUCAAUGUCAUUCCCAAUCUGUGGACUCUGCAGGAAUGGUCUGCGUGGAGAACAUCAGCCACUGCUUCCCGUAAAUACGAUACAGUCUACUACAUAACUGCCUUGGAAGAGCGGUCAGAGAAAGUAACCCUUCUCUUGGAGCCAGAGGAGGUAGACUCGGCCCACUGGAUGACACCGGCAGAAGCUUGGUGUAGUUCUCAGGAUGGAUCUAUUUGGCUACCAUUUACUCUUCUUUACGAUACGGCGCGCCUAAUGAACUUUCGAAAACGGCAAGAGCUCCUAGACUUCGCACAGGAGAGAGUCAUUUAUGGUAGCACCUUGGUGCAGCCCGUCUACUACCGUUGCAGCGACUGCAUCUUCGGGGUGCUACCAGGAGACGAACUCUAUCCAAGUGAGCCUGAAAGCUGCACGCAAUCAAUUAUUCUACCUCAAUCUAUUGAAGAAAUUAAUUUAAAGGCCAAUCAAUACAAUCGAUACAUUGUGUUUAACUUUCACAAGGUAGUCUUGGCUUCCAAUGUCCCACCCAAUGAUGGUCAUCUUCAGUUGCAGCCGCAUGUUAACACAAAGCUGGCAAAGUUGUAGUGAAAAGCCGAAGAUUUUGUAACGUUUAGGUAUAAAUAUAUUUUUGAU